AUGAAGUUCAUCGUUACCGCCAUGGCUCUUAUCGCCACUAUUGCUACUAGUGCCACUGCUACCGCGUAUGAGACUGCUAUCAUCACAAGCACCACCAGUCUGAAUGGCUGCAUCAAUAUGGCCAACGCCAUCAGUCCUGGUGUCGAGGUUCUCAGCACUUCGUUCAGAACCAUUACCAUCUCCGACAUCAUCAGCCCAGCUAUUCGAGGUGUCACCCCUACUCCUACCGGAAGCAUGAGCCUCGCCUUCUCUCCUAUCGAAAAGGACAACUCGGCUCCCACCAAAACUGAGGAUGACGGCCCUUCUCCUACCGAUACCAAAAUCGACCCCGAAGAUGAAGAUGAAGACUUCACCUAUUUUGAAGAUGAAGAACCCGCCGACCCUGAUGAUGAAGACCCCGCCGACCCUGAAGAUGAAGACUCUACCGACAUCGAUGAUGAAGUUCUCUCUCGGAUUAAUGUCAAGGGCAUUCCGUCUGCCUUGAAAGAUCUGAGCAGCAUUUGGGAGACUGCCACAGACGGUGUCCUGAGCAUUUGGUCAUCUCUCACCGAGGAGGGCGCCUCUGCUACCAUGAGUCCUGAUACCAAGAGCAUCUCUCAAGGCAUUACCCAUUCGUCUGCGGCCACUCUAGUCGAAACCAGCUUUCUCGGCGACACGACUGUCUUCAUAUCCUCUGCUGCUGCUAUGACUUUUGCUAGCGCUCCCUCAACAUCAGCCUCCGCACACAAGGCUCAUCGUGUGUCUGCCAUCGCCACCACCAAGCUCUCCAAUGAUGCUACCGUCCCCAGUAUGGUUGGUCUGACCUGCGUGUUGUCAGUGCUCGCUGCUUCUGUCUUCAACUUGGUCUGA